AGACAUUACUCAGGAAUGAUGUCCAUUCAGGAGAAAUCAAAAGAAAAUUCCUCCAAAGUUACUAAAAAAAGUGAAGAUAAGAAUUUAGAAACAGAAAUUCAAGGUUCUCAAAAGAAUCUAGCAAAAAAAUCAGGUCCAAAGGAAACUGUAAAAUCAGGUCCAAAGGAAAUUAUAAAAUCACUGGUUAAAUCUUCCAGUGAAAGUAAAAUAAAUCAGCUUGAAUUGGGAAUACGCAUGAGUACAAGGUCAGCAAAGGCAUCAUCCAGUGAUAAAGCCACUCAAUCCAUUAAUAAAAAUACGGUGACUGUGAAGGAACAUGCACAACAAGAAUCUACAAAAAAGAAGAAAUUAUCUCAGAAAAAAUUGGUGCGUGAAACCAUUAAAGCAAACGAACAGCUUACCCGGAGAUCACAAAGACUGCAACAAUUAACAGAGGUUUCAAGGUCUUUGCGCAGUAGAGAAAUUCAGGGUCAAGUUCAAGCAGUUAAACAGAGUUCGCCACCAACAAGAAAAGAGCACUGUAGCAAUACUCAAAGUAAAUCUAAUACAGUUAAAACAAGUCAAAAACAUGUGAAAAGAAAAGUACUGGAAAUAAAGUCUGACUCUAAAGAGGAUGAAAAUCUUGUAAUUAAUGAAGUAAUAAAUUCCCCCAAAGGGAAAAAACGCAAAGUAGAACAUCAGACGGCUUAUACUUGUAGUUCUCAGUGCAUACAAGGGUCUGAAAAGUGUCUUCAGAAGACUACUAAAAAAGAGGAAAUAAAACCUGUGCCUGUAACUUCUGAGAUAAAAAGAUCAAAAGUGGCUAUUUCAGUGGUCUCGAAAAAGAGUGAGAUGAAGUCAGUUCAUACACAAGUGAAUACUAUCGCAAAAUCCCAAAAAAGUCCACAGCCAUCAGUGCCUGAAAAAAGUGUAGAUAAUGAGCUGGAGCAAGAAGGUAAGAGCAAACGAGGUAGUAUUCUCCAGCUCUGUGAGGAAAUUGCUGGUGAAAUUGAGUCAGAUACUGUAGAGGUAAAAAAGGAAUCUUUACAAAUGGAGAGUGUAAAGGAGGAGAAGCCUACAGAAAUAAAAUUGGAAGAGACCAAUGUUGAGAGACAAAUACUUCAUCAGAAGGAAACGAAUCAGGAUGUGCAAUGUAAUCGUUUCUUCCCCAGUAGAAAAACAAAGCCUGUGAAGUGUGUACUAAAUGGAAUAAACAGCUCAACUAAGAAGAACUCCAACUGGACUAAAAUUAAACUUUCAAAAUUUAACUCUGUGCAGCAAAAUAAGUUGGAUUCUCAAGUUUCCCCUAAACUGGGCUUGUUAAGAACCAGUUUUUCACCACCAGCUUUAGAAAUGCAUCAUCCAGUGACACAAAGUACAUUUUUAGGGAUAAAAUCACAUCAUAGAAAUAUAGAAUGCCAGCAGGAAAAAAUGAAAGAAAUAAAUUCUGAAGAAGUUAAAAUUAAUGACAUUACAGUUGAAAUUAAUAAAACUACAGAAAGGACUCCUGAAAAUUGUGAUUUGGAUAAUCAGAUAAAACCUCCUCCUGACCCACCGUUGGAUAAUCAGAUGAAACAUUCUUUUGAAUCAGCAGCACCAGAUAAGAAUUUCAGCCUAUGUUUGGAAUCCAAGCUGGGAAGCAAUCCAGUGGAAAAUACUAGUUCUGUUUCAACUCUGCUCAGUCAAGCAAAAAUUAAUACAGAAGAGAAUAAAUUUCCAGGUUCAGCUCCCAAACAACACAGUAUACUCAAUAACCAAACAUUUAAGAGCAGUGAUAACAGGGAGACACCACUAAAUCAUUCUUGGCCUAAGUGUAAUUCCCAUUUGGAGAUAACAAUUCCAAAGGACUUGAAACUAAAAGAAGCAGAGAAAGGUGAUGAAAAACAGUUGAUUAUAGAUGCAGGACAAAAAAGAUUUGGAGCAGUUUCCUGUAAUGUUUGUGGAAUGCUUUACACAGCUUCAAAUCCAGAAGAUGAAACACAGCAUCUGCUUUUCCACAACCAGUUUAUAAGUGCUGUAAAAUAUGUGGUUGACGAGAUUAGAGAGAUGGUUGAUAAUGAUUUAGGUUUUCAACAGGCUCCGCUAAUGUGCUAUUCCAGAACUAAAACACUUCUCUUUAUUUCUAAUGACAAAAAAGUAGUUGGCUGCUUAAUUGCAGAACAUAUCCAAUGGGGCUACAGAGUUAUAGAAGAGAAACUUCCAACUAUCAGGUCAGAAGAAGAAAAAGUCAGAUUUGAAAGGCAAAAAGCCUGGUGCUGCUCAACAUUGCCAGAGCCUGCAAUCUGUGGAAUCAGUCGAAUAUGGGUAUUCAGCAUGAUGCGUCGGAAAAAAAUUGCUUCUCGCAUGAUUGAAUGCCUAAGGAGUAACUUUAUAUAUGGCUCAUAUUUGAGUAAAGAAGAAAUUGCUUUCUCAGAUCCUACUCCUGAUGGAAAACUGUUUGCGACACAGUACUGUGGCACUGGUCAGUUUCUGGUAUAUAAUUUUAUUAAUGGACAGAAUAGCACCUAAAACAAAUUCUUGCCUACAGUACUAGAAGACAUCUGUUGAAGAGAAUGGAUUGGUUGCUGACUUUAACCAGGAACUAGGGCCAUUUUUGUUACAAUGAACUCAGGACUGGCAACAACCAUAUGGUUGUUCCAUUUUCAUAAAAUUGGAAACAAUGCAGUAAUAGCU